AUUCUUCUCUCUCUCUUUCGUACAUUCCUUUCCAUGGCUCGCAAACGGCUUCAAGAAGCUAAAACAGGGAUCUUCUUCGCCCAGAAGUACCUGAAGAAAAUAGGCUUAGGGAAAGAGGACUACCAUUUCUGGAAGCAGGUAGGAAAGGCCUUACUAUGCACAUACACUCUCUUCGGCGCUGCGUGGUUAUACAACGAAACUUCGCCGCUUGGUUGGUUUAACCUAAAGAUAAGGCCAAAGGAAGAGAAAGAGUUGGCACAUCUCUAUGAGCGCCGGAAGUUUCCAUACCCGGGCGACGAGGAGGCGAUGAAGGAGUUCAUUGCAAAAGGUGGGAUGAUAGGGACGACCAUUGGCCCCAAAGGGAUUAUUGAGACGGACAAAGACGCUUAUAAUUAUCAGAAGGAGUUGCAAGACAAAAAAUUUGAGCAAGAGUCUUUGAAGCUGUGGAUGAGGAUGAGGAAUGAAGUCAUUUCUGAGAUUCAAGAAAAAGGGUAUGAUGUUGAGUGAUUGUUGUUGUGGAAAAUGCUUGUUAUUAGGUGAAGGAUUUUGUGGACAAUAGUCCUGCUACUUGUAGUUAAUACCGGAACUUAAUUUGAAGACAUAAUUUGUUACGCUCAAUUCAACUUUAUUUAAUGCUAAG